UUUAAAUGGCUCCACGUGUUCCCCGUGACCAUUAAAAUGAUAAAAUAGCUUUAUUAUUCUUCCCUAUGUACCAGAUAUCUCCAAUCUGCCUCUGUUCGCCUGUUUUCAGUCUCAAAAGAGAAGCCGCACCAGACUCCUACCAGAAUUUUUGCUAUUUAACGUUUUCUUACUUAUUGGUGAAAGUAAAAGACUAUUUUUUUGUGAUUUAAGAUAUUAUUAUGAAACAUUAAUAACCCUUUAUCAAUUCGGCAUACUUAUUAUGUUUUAAAAAGCACUGCAUCGGUGUAAAAUUGAGACUUUUAUAUCUGGCACGACAGAUGAAGAUGCACUGUCGAAGGCGUGUGAACACAGGGCGCCGUGUCAUAAACAUGGCAUGCUAUUGCAAACAAAAUGUUUUUUUGGAAGAUUUUAUACAUGCCGAAUUAAAAUAUGAGUAAGAAUGAGUGGAUUUAGCAUUGAAUCAUGCAUUGUGAGUCACGUCUUUUACCCGAUAAACACAGUCACACUUUAAAUCCCCCUUUUUUUAAACGGAGUACGUCACACGCUAGACUGUUCUCUCUCAUCUUUUCCCCCAGGAGGCUCUAGCUUCAAUCCCAGCCCCCUUUGUUCAAGUCUAGCCUGGUGGGUUGAGUCAGAGGGAGGCUGUACUAACCACCCAACUAAACCUACACCACGAAGAGUGAGAAGAGGCCGAAAAAACACAGAUAUCCUGGAGACUGAGAGGGUUUUAUGCACAGAAAAGUUGCUUUUUUGGAGUGUUGCUGAUGCUGCGUUUCGUUUCCUCUCCACCGCCUGUGUUGCAGCAGUGUUUCGGCUACUAAAACAGCAAUGCAUGUUGAUUUAUCUUCGCUCUUUCUUCCUGAAAAGAUGCAGGCUAUCUGCUAAGCCAUCAUUUGGUGUAUUGCUGCAGACACUGUGUGCACAGUUGUUGCCAUCAUCAUCAUCAUCCUGCUGCUGCUGCUCCACUCCUUCCAGUCUCUCUGUGCUCAGCAUCCAUAUUUGCAUCCCAGGGAGUGGCAACCACUAAUCCCAUCUUUUCCUGGCAAGAAAAUUGAAAGUUGUGCACCCCACCUUGGAUGCUUUAAUACCACACAGAAAGAUAAACAUGGAGAGCGAGAGCCACCACUCCGACGUCUAGUGCCUGAUCCAGUAGCCUUCAUCGCCCAGGGAGGAGCUCUCAGGUCCUGGCCCGUCUCCCUGCUUCUGUAGAAUGAAUAUGCUCAAGUCCAGUGGACUGAAAAUCCCUGGCCGGGGGCCCAAGCAUUCCAGCCCAGUGGGAAGGACCUCAGGGGGAGGAUCCAGCCCCGUCGUCCCUAAAGACAAUGCUCCUCUCAAGCCCACCACACCAACUAAAAUCUCUGAAGAGGGCGACGAAGUGUUGGGGGAUUACACAGUGGGCGAACAGGUCUGGGUCAAUGGCGUCAAACUGGGAUCUAUCGCCUACCUAGGGGAGACCCAGUUCGCCCCGGGACAGUGGGCAGGCGUGAUACUGAAUGACCUAGUUGGCAAAAACGACGGGUCAGUGGGCGGCGUGCGCUACUUCGAGUGCCAGCCCCUCCAGGGCAUCUUCACGCGACCCUCGAAGCUCACCCGACAGCCGGUCGGAGAGGGAAGCGACAGCCUCUCCUGUGAGUCGCUCUCUGCCCUGAAUCUGUCUCAUCAGAGCGGCAAUGGCGCCGCCCCUGGCCAGCGGGUGGUGAUGCCGCUGAGAGAGGGCCUGCUCAACAGCACUGUGAAGACGGGCAAUGAGUCGGGGUCCAACAUGUCCGACAGCGGCUCGGUGAAGAAAGGAGGGGAUAAGGAUCUUCGAGUUGGAGAUCGAGUUUUGGUGGGAGGCUCUAAGAUGGGAGUCAUACGCUACAUGGGAGAGACGGACUUCGCCAAGGGUGAAUGGUGUGGGGUCGAGCUGGAUGAGCCCCUGGGGAAGAAUGAUGGUGCUGUGGCUGGUACAAGAUACUUUCAGUGUCUUCACAAGUUCGGCCUGUUCGCUCCGAUCCACAAGGUGAUCCGCAUCGGCUUCCCCUCCACCAGCCCGGCCAAGGCCAAGAAGAGCAAGCGGAUGGCCAUGGGGGUUUCCUCUCUGGUCCACAGCCCCAGCAGCUCCUCCAUCAGUUCAGUCAGCUCGGUGGCCUCCUCCGUGGGCGGACGACCGAGCCGAACUGGACUGCUGACGGAGACGUCGUCGCGCUACGCCCGUAAGAUCUCGGGCACCACGGCGCUCCAGGAAGCCCUGAAGGAGAAGCAGCAGCACAUCGAGCAGCUGCUGGCCGAGAGGGACCUGGAGCGAGCCGACAUGGCCAGGGCCAACAGCCGCAUCUGUGAGGUGGAGAAGGAGCUGAACGUCCUCAAGGUGCAGCACGUGCAGUACGUAACAGAGAAUGAGAACAACCUCCAGCAAGUCAAAACCCUGUUGGCCAGCACACAGAAAGAUAAACUGGAACUGGCCAAUCAGCUUGAAGAAGAGAAAAGGAAAGUGGAGGACCUCCAGUUCAGAGUAGAGGAGGAAUCCAUCACCAAAGGAGACCUGGAGACUCAGAGGAAAUUGGAGCGCGCCCACAUUCGUCAGCUCGAGCAGAGUCUGCUCCUCGAAAAGUCGAGAGCAGAGGUGCUUCAGAAAGACUUAGAGAAGAGGAGGCAAACCACGGUUGAGGAGCAGAGUCGUAUCGUGCAGCUGGAGGAGGAGCUCAACCUCAGGAGGGCUGAGAUGGACAACCUGCAGGCUAAAAUCACAAGCUCUCAUCAAGCCGUCGACGACAACGACACCGCCGCCCCGGGCGACGACACCCAGCCGGAGACCGUCGUCCUGCGAGCACGGCUGGUGUCGGCGGGCCGUGAGCACUUCAAGGAGAGCAGCGAGCUGAAAGAGAAGUACGACAAGGCAUUAGCAACGAGCCAGCAGGAGAUCGACCAGCUGAAGGCGGCGGUGGAUAGUAAGAGCCAGGACGUCAGUGAGAUGAAGCAGAAAGUCCAACUGGCCACCAAGGAAAACAUGGAGAUGAUGGACACCUGGAAGGUUAGAUUUGACACUUUAAUGAUUGACCACCAGCGUUCUUUGGAGGACCUGAAGGCCUCGUUGAGUAGCAACCAUCCUGCUCCAGAAGGCCAGGAGCAGGACGCCCAGGAGCUGAGAGCCAAUCUGGAGAGCCUGAAGACGGAGCACCAUCUGGAGAUGGAGAACCUCAAGACCAAACACAAGAUCGAAGCCGCCAUUCUGAGCAAGGAGCGCGAAGACUUCUGCUCUCGUCUCCAGGAGGCCAAAGACCAGCUGGCCGAGGGCAACCAGACGUGGAGGACCGAGCUGCAGUCCAAAAGCGCCGAGCAGGCCCUGGGGGAGGCCACCGAUAAGCUGCAGAAGGCGGAGCAGAGGCUGGCGGAGAUGGAGAAGCUUCAGAUGGAGCAGGACAGAAGCACAGAGGGGCUGAAGGAGAGGCUGGAGCUGUCGGAGAAGAAGAUGACGGACUAUCAGGCUCUGCAGAAGGCCCAGGCAGAGAGCCAGGAGGAGAUCCAGAGACUGGAGGAGAAGCUGAGGGUGACGGCCAACCAGCUCCAGGCCAACCAGGCGGACCGCUACACAUCCCAUGAUGCAAAUGUGAUAGAAGAUAAUGAAAUUUCAGAUGAGAAGAUGAAGCUAAAACAGAACAUCGAAGAAACAAUGGAGAAGCUGUUGAAAAGGGAAAAGGAGGUCUCGACUCUCACCUCCCAGGUUGAAGCCCUCAAAACACAGAUGGGAGCGAUGGAGGGCAAAGUUCGCUCAGGGGAAAAGAAAGCCGAAGCACAGGCAAAGGAGAAGAUGCGCUUGGAGGCGGAGCUGGAGACCAUGACCAAGAAGUCCCAUGAUGCCUCUGGGCAGCUGGUCAAUAUCAGCCAGGAGUUGCUGAAGAAAGAGAGGAGUCUGAAUGAACUGAGGGUGUUACUGCUGGAAUCACAUCGCCAUUCGCGGGACAUGGAGAAAGACCUGAACCGAGAAGUGCACAAGGCCGAGUGGAGGGUCAAGGAGCAGAAACUUCAGGACGACAUCAAGACCCUGCGUGAUAAACUGCUUCUACUGGGUCGGGAGCGGUCUUCACCUGACCAACGGCGGUACUCCAUGAUGGACCCAUCUGUCCUGGACUCGGAGGUGAGCCGCCUCCGCCAGCGGCUGCUCAGCACCGAGGACGCCCUGAGGAACGCCAUGGAACACAACCAGGAGGUCGACCAGCUGGUCCUGGCCAUGCGCAGGCAUCCGGACAAAAGCCCGGUGCACGGUGCAAAUUCAGCCAAUGGAAUCCAUCAUCAGGAGUCAGGCAGUCCUCGAGAUGUUGGAGCAACACUGAUAUGAGCAGAAGAGAUCAGAAGACUGAACUGGGACACGCAGAGGUUUCUCCUGAUCCUGCGACAGGGAGGAUUUGAAGAAGAUUUCAGUUUACAGUUAAUACCAAAACGGCGAAUCUCUAUCUCGAGUGAAUUUACGUUGCAGAAAGCACCUAUUAGCCAAUCACGAAGACCGCUUAAAGUACUAUAAAAUAUAAACGGGAAAUGGACAUGAAGAGAUAUUAUCGGUACAACUCCUGAGAACGUACAGUAUGGCAACUUUUGAUGCUUUACAGUAGUUAGAAAAUUUCAAUCUACAAGUUGCCGGGAACUCUGUGACAAUUCUUAAUUUUGAACCAGAAGGCCAAAACGGCUGAUGGACAACGAUGUGAAGAACUGAAGAACUGGGUCUUUGUUUUGUUUUAUUUAUUACGUUUACUUUGCUCCUCAGCUUUGUUAUAAUCCUCUGUGGGCGAGCUGUCUUGGCCAGUGAUACUCAGAGCAACUCUUCAAGGAUGACUGACGAUUCUUUUUAGGGAGUUUGGCUCAUUUGUCACUUAACCUGAUGAGAGAAUUGGUACUGGACUUUAGUGUACAAUAUAAUAAGUCAUUGUGGGAAGUAUUAAAAAGAACCUUUAAAGUAAUACCAAACCCUAAAAUCUGUUUUUUGAUUAUAAAACACAAACACAGUAGGCUUGCAAAAUAGCUGUAAAAAAGGGUUUUGUUUCAUCCCUCUCGGUUGUGAUCAAGUUGAAUCCAUAAUGGAUUCCAAUGGUGACCAUUUUUUUUUGGUUGGAAAUUUUGUUUUUAAACCGUCCACAAAACUUUCUAAACCACCUCCCACAACGUAAUCCACUUCUCCAGCCUUGUGCCGAGACACAAUUUUUUUCCACCAGGAAACAGCAAAAUAGUCUGCUUCUGUCUCAAACCUUUCAUUCAUUUCAUACUUUUUUAAAGCAGUCCAAAUUAGGGAUGUCACAAGAACCAACACUUCGUUACCAAGUCGAUGCCAAAAUUCUGAAAACGUGACGGUACUCAUUUUUCUACAGUACCACAGUUACCGUAGAUACCGGGGGACAAGAGCUCAAGAGUAACGCCGUACUAUUGUUCGAGAGGCGAUAGAAAGUUUCCCUGAUGGGGCGCCACCCUGUAGUUCACCUGGAAAAGCGGGCGCCCCAAGUCCUGGCUGCAGAGGCCCGGGGUUCGAAUCCGACCCCUCGCCCUUUGCUGCAUGACAUCCCCUCUUUUAUCUCCCUUUUUGUGAAAGCCGCUAGUUAACGUUAGCUGUUAGUUAGCAGCUGAUGGGCAGCACAGUCCUGCUCGGCUAAAUAACGGAGCUAACAACUAACGGACAGGAGGUUGCAUUAAGUUACAAUAUGAUGCGUUCAAGCUCUAUUCAAGAAAAAUGAGCAUUGGGCGAAAGGUAAAUUACAACUGACGUGUUCAAAUGUAAUCUUGUAAAAAUGUAGUUUCUGGUGAGAAUCUAGAGGCAGAUCAUCGGGGAUUAGUAAUAAAUUCGCAAAAAUCAGUAUGUAAUAGUGGAAUGUAUGUUGAAGUACAUGAGAUUUUAUUUAUUUAUUUUAUUAACAUCUAGGCGACAAACAAAUACCACAAAAUGCUUUUUUUUUUUUUUUUUUACUGUGGCAUUGAAUUGGGUAUCGAGAAUCAUGGAAUUUCACUGGUAUCGACUACUAAAUUUACGGUUUUGUGAUAGUCCAAAUAAUUUUUUGUCAGUUACAAAACGUGAAAAGAAUGUAAUCGGGGAUGUGUAUCGGCUCAAAUCUGGCGAUACAAUACAUAUGAUACAGGGGUUACAAUUCAAACCAUGAACUAUGUUUGAGGUGUUGAAACACAACAAAUCACAAAUGACUGCUUAUUAUAAAAUCACCCAUGUGCACACUAGGAGAGAGUUAUGAUGAUCUCAACCACCAAUCCUCUCUUUGGGUAUCAGGUACGGUGGCUAUUGGGCCAAUCUUCCCUAAAAAUGUAGUACUUUUUAGCCAUUGCACAUCAGUGGACUUCCUGCUACCUGUAAGGCCUCCUGAUUUCAGCUCUGAGUUAUGUUACAGUAUAUUAUUUAUAGAAUGAAUAUAGUGAAUUAUUCCAGAUUUUUUUGCGUUACCAAUACACCUCUUAUCAGUAAUUACUUUAUUUACUGUGGACUAUGUAUCAGUACAGACUCCAUCCAUCCAUACACUGGUAUUAAUUAUACGGUACAACAUAAUGCAGAAGCUGUAUCUAAAUGUCCCUGGAUUACUUGUGUUAAAUAGGGGGCUACUGAAGGGCUGUCACAGGAGCUAAAAAACCCAAACAAUGGAUGUCAAAUGUUACGCUCAUCCUUCCACAGGUUGACAACAUCUGGAUUUCACUUGCAAAAAUGUGUAUCAUUUAUACUGUAAGUCUUCCAAAUAUUGUUUUAUCCAUAACUAAACAACUGUUUGUAGUUGGUGAUACAGGAGACGUUACACAGAGGUGAGUGGUGUGGGAAGUUUUGCAAAACAUGUAGGGUAAGACAUGUAGGGCAGGCGCUGGUCAGCUAAGAUAAAAACCUAAAUUUUUCCAUUGGAUAUUGUACAUGGCCUUUUCAGCUGGAGGGUUCAUACCCUUUGGAUUAUUGCUGCAAUGGUUUCGGAGAUUGAGUCAUUAAAUAUUAACAAUGUGGGCAA